GUUCAACCGUCAAACUUUCUGAGUUCAAGCGUCUGACAAACAUCGAGCCAGCAAGUUCUCUUUCGAUCCAAACAAAAACAUCAUCUGCAUUGAUUUAGAAAGGAAACCUCAAUAAGUGGUACACUAAAGAGUCUGAAAAUGGCAUACUAUGGCAGUAAUUAUCCACCCAUGCAAAAUCCGUAUGCAGGCGGAUACACUUCCUAUGGAUAUGGAGCAAAUCCAUACCAGCAAGCCCCAGGAGGAUUUGGAUUUAGUGGAUUUGGAAUGAUGGGAAUGCCAGCGAUGCAUCAGAUGCCCCCGUCUGCCCAAACCGUCGUCAUCAACAAUAACGUGUGGAACCAGAACCAAGCAUUCAUGAAUGCUGCAGCCCAGACACUGGGAGGAAGUGAGAUGGAGGAGCUGGUACAGCAGGCUGAGGAGGAGGAAGAGGAGGAAGAAGAGGAGGAGGAGGACGAGGAAUUGGAGGAAGAGAUUAAAGUCAACAGGAGGAAGAACAAGAAGAAGGCCAAAAAACAAAAGAAAAUAGAAGAACUGUUAGCACAGAAGAUGGAGGAAGAUGAAGAUUUUAUGCAGAGACUGAAGAUGAACUACAUUGCCAACUUAAAGCGCCAUCUGGACAUGGAUGGAACUCUAGAACCCACUGAGGGGACAGUCAAAGCUCUCACCAAGUAUCCAGAGGAUGACCCCAUGGUAAAUUUUAUGAAGGAGUUUGAUGGAACAGAACUUGCUGGGGAAAAAUGGGAUCCAGAAAUGGACAGUAUAUUUCUGAAGGAAGCCAUGGAUGGUUGUGGCACAAAUGAAGAGGCCAUUAUUCAUGUGAUAGCAAAUCGUACUAAUGCACAGAGGCAAGAAAUCAAGCAGAUGUUUAAGACAGCUUAUGGAAAGGACCUGAUUGAGGAACUGGAAUCAGAGCUGAGUGGAGAUUUUAAGAGUGCUGUGAUGUCUCUGUUUGUACCCCCUCAUAUUUACGAUGCCUACUGUAUCAAAGAAGCCAUUUAUGGCCUUGGAACAGACGAAUCUGUUCUUAUUGAGAUUUUUGGUACUAGAACUCCAAAGCAGAUAAAAGCAAUCAGAGAAGUUUAUGCUGAUGUUGCAAGCCCAAACAGAAAGGAAGGGGAGACUCUAAUAGAACAGGACAUUGAAGAUGACACAAGUGGUGAUUUCAAACAGUUCCUCAUAUCUGCUUGUCAGGGUGGCCGACGAGAGCUUGACCCAGAUACAUUAGAAGAAGCCGUGGAACCUGUCACUUUUGAAGACAGACCAACUGGGCAGUUCGUCAUCAACAUGGAGAAGCUAGUAAAUAUGGGCAAAGCCAAGCGGGAUGCCCAGAAACUGUUUGAGGUUACUGAAGAUCAGCUUGGCACCAAUGAGGAGGAGAUGAUCCGAAUCUUUGCAGUUCCAGAGGUUUACCAGUCCAGGGCCACAUAUGAUGAAUAUGUUAAGCUGACUCAAAGAGAUGUAGAGAACACUAUUGAUAGAGAGACUUCAGGAAACUUUGGAAAAGGACUUCUAACAAUGGUGAUGGCUCUGAAGUGCCGUCCAAAGUACUUUGCUGAACGCCUCGUGUGGACAAUGAAGGGACUUGGAACACAUGACUCAGACCUUAUCCGUGUCAUUACAAGCAGAUCUGAGAUUGACAUGGUCCAGAUCAAGGACAGCUUCCUGGAGAUGACCAAGCAGACACUGUAUAACUGGAUUGAUCAGGACUGCUCCGGGGACUACAAGAAAAUUCUGAUGGCCAUUGUAGGCAAAAACUAAUACAACAGACCAGAUUUAUUUGUGUUGACUACUAAAGAAUAUUCUCAUGGUUAUGUUUGUCACAUGUUAGAUUAUUACACACUUCAUAUGCUGAAUGUUAAAAUGUGAAAACCAAAGACAAUGGGGAUCGCUGGGCAUUUUUUUAAAGUAUGUCUUUGAAUCAAAUUUGUCGAAAUUUACAGAAACUGAGAAAUAAAAAAAAUAUGAAGAUUAAAUGAUUUAAUUAUGUUAAGAUCUCAACUUUUUUUUGGAAUAAAUACUCGAUUCAAAAUUGUGAAAAU